AGCUGUUCAAAUUACAAAGGAAAGACAGUAGGAGAGAGAGCUUCGGUCUGUGCGACAUUUUGUUAGCCUUACCAGCAUUUCUUGCACAAUGUUGAUGUUCCUGAUUUUAGUGGUGUCCUUGGACUCUGCUUAUUCUCAAGAAAACAUUGAUUGUUACAACGGAGAGACAGACCAAUUCGGUCGUCAAUACAGAGGAUAUAAGGCUAGGACGGAGAAUGGACUUGUCUGCCAGAAGUGGACAUCACAAACACCAAAUCAACAUACCCGAAAAAUGUCAAAAUUCCCUGAUGCUGGGUUGGGAGAUCACAACUACUGUAGAAACCCAGAAUCAGAAGAUACUGGACCAUGGUGCUACAACUCAGAGGGGACGAAACCUAGAUGGAAAGGUUGUGGAAUACCCGACUGUGCUACAGGUGUUCUGUACAAGAUAACCUACUCAGUGCCGGACAAAAAUAACGCCAAAACAGAAAAUCCACAGUAUGUUAAAAUCACCGGAUCAGCAGGAGAAACAGAGGAACGCCUGUGCGAUUCUAACUUUGACGUGACAAAUCAAGAUGUGGAGUGCGUAUUUUGGAGUAAUAUUAAAAUCGGAGAAUACAAAUGUGUAUCUUUGAGGACUGGUGGAGAUAAUGGACUGGAUUUCACGCAGGUGAAAGUGAAGGUGGAUGGGAAAACAGUUCACACAAUUGUAACUCCCAGCGGUGAGGACUACAUAGAGUUGGACGAUUACGCAACAAAAGUGUUCUGUAAAGUUAAACAAGGUUAA